UCUUCUUUGUAUCAUCAGUGCACUUAUCAAUUGAUUUCGGGUUUCUUUUACCUUUUUCUCUGGCCAUAUAAAAAUACAUGCAUCGCUUACGAUCCCUCGUUUACAUGGAAAAAUUAUGGUUGCGACCUCAUCCAUGUGUGCCAAUUCAACCAAGAAGCAAUGCAUUGCGGAACAAUAGCUCGCCGCCACUGUGUAAUCGCUGUUCACAGCUUAUUCUAGCAGUAGAAGAUGUAGAUGUGCUUCAUCCCACUGACGAACCCGCGCGUCCGACGAAACAAACGCAACCACCAUCAAGCGUUGAGAUUUUAUCCACCCUGUCACCCGCUUCUUCGUCAAGCUCAGCUAACGAAUCCAGACCGAAUACUGAACAAGCGCAAUCAAGUAGCAACAAAACCAGCAAUGAUAAAAUAAUGACACCAGAUAUAUCAUGCCAUCGUUCAAGUUGGAGCCAUCCUCGACCAGUCAUCACAGAGUCAAAAAGAUUAUCCAAGAAACGACCUUCCAGCACGACCAUUGAGAGCGUUUCUGUGCCAUCCACCUCAGCGUCGUCCGUGCUUGAUAAUUCAAUCAAGCCCUUGCAGCGUACUGCAUCGCGUUUAACCUUGAAACGUAAAAACUUGACCAAGAAAUUAAAACGAGCUUUCUCCGUGAAUUUGAAGCGAUCCUAAUUUGCUGUAUAAUGGCUGUAUAAUGAAAAAAGUGGUAUGCCAAGGAAACGAAAUAUCCAAACAAAAAAACUAUUAUACUUUUUAUUUAUAUUAUCUUACAUGUGACCGUUGGGUUGGAGAUGCCU